GAGGGAGGGAGGGAAAAGGAAAGGCUGGAUCCGUACGACCGAGGAAAGGCAGCCAGCCGAGCAGGCGGACUCGUGCUCACACCUCGCCACAAGUCAGGACCGCGGUGCCUGCUGCCGGGGAUUUAGAAGACGGACUCUCGAAUGAUUGACAGGUAACCUUUAAGGGUCAAGAAGGAACCAUGUCAGUGCCAUUCAAAAAAGAGUUAGAGAAAUACAAGAACAUCAAUGAAGAUGAAAUUCUCAGCAAACUUUCUGAGGAUGAACUAAAACAGCUCGAAAGUGUACUUGAUGAUCUGGAUCCAGAGAAUGCACUUUUGCCUGCUGGCUUCCGACAGAAGGAUCAGACCAGUAAACCAGCCACAGGACCAUAUGACAGAGAGCGUCUGUUGUCCUACCUGGAGAAACAAGCACUGGAGCACAAGGACAGAGACGACUAUGUGCCCUUCACAGGAGAAAAGAAAGGAAAGGUGUUUGUACCUAAAGAGACACCAAGAGAAACUCACACAGAGGAAAAAGUGACUCUGGAUCCAGAACUGGAAGAAGCCUUGGCCAGUGCCUCUGAUACUGAGCUGUAUGAUCUCGCAGCUGUCCUUGGGGUCCACAACAUGGUCAAUAAUCCAAAGUUUGACGAGGGAACCAUUGGGAAAGAUGGCAAAGGAACUGUGAAAAAUGUGGUCAAGGGUGAAAAAGUCAAGCCAGUUUUUGAGGAACCACCUAAUCCAACAAAUGUCGAAGCCACACUGCAGAGGAUUAAAGCAAAUGAUCCUACACUUCUGGAAGUUAAUCUGAAUAACAUAAAGAAUAUCCCAAUUCCAACACUGAAAGAGUUUGCAAAAGCAUUGGAAACCAAUAAACAUGUGAAGAAAUUCAGCCUGGCAGCUACUCGGAGCAAUGAUCCUGUUGCAAUCGCUUUUGCAGAUAUGUUAAAAGUGAAUAAGACACUGACAAGUCUAAAUAUAGAAUCCAAUUUCAUUACUGGGGCUGGCAUCCUUGCUUUGGUUGAUGCUCUGAAAGGGAAUGAAACACUGACAGAGAUCAAAAUUGAUAAUCAGAGGCAACAGCUUGGCACAGCAGUCGAGAUGGAGAUUGCUCAGAUGCUGGAGGAGAACUCAAAGAUCCUCAAAUUUGGGUACCAGUUUACAAAACAAGGCCCAAGAACCAGGGUAGCAGCAGCCAUCACAAAAAACAAUGACCUAGUUCGCAAGAAGCGAGUGGAAGGAGAACGCUACUAACCUUGCCUCUGAGGAUGCAAACAGCCUCCCUGUCAAACAGAGCUGUUCCAUCAGCAGCCUGAGAAAAUUCACUGGUCUUAAGGGAAGACACUGGAAAGUCUUUAGCAAGAGGCUACUCAUAUUCCGUUACCCUAACUCUUUCUUUCCUCUGUCUUCCCCCACUUCUUUAAACAAAAUGAAUCAUUCUGAUGUUUUCUAUUUAAAAAGAAAUAAUAUUGAUUUAAUGAUGUAAAGCCAGUGCAUAUACCAUAUAUGCCAAUUUGGCUUUUAUGUGAAACCACUAUGAGUCUUCCUUUAACAUCCCCUGCCCCCUUGUUUGUUUUCAAAGAUAGAGGAAAACAAAUAGGAUCCUUUUCUGUCAGGUCUUGCUAAUGAGGGUUGGCCUUUCUCUGCUUUGCUAAAUCUUACCAGCAUAGCUAGGAGCAGUCCACACAUAGGGAAUUUUGCAGUCCAGUGCAACACCCUUUGUUUUCAUCUCAGCCAUCUAUAAACACAGCUCCAAAUUCAGGUUCCUCUGAAUUCUGAGGCAGGCAAGGCCUGCCCACAACAUAGUACUUGAUGAGCAAAAAUCAAAUGUUGCUCCUGCCUGCCACUAAUUAACGAAGGCCAAAACCCAUUAGAAAAACCUCUUGCACAUACUUCAUUGAAACAAACAGUAGCGGUCUAGUGGGUUAUCACUCCUGAAAUCUAUCACUUCAUCUUGCCUCGUGGCAACUAGGCUAAAUCUGGCUCAAUGCAGACCACUGUUUACUCUAGGGGUGGCUGUUGUGCAAACUGUAGAGUUGAAAGAGACCAAGAGAUCAUUUCAAAGCAGCCUCCCAUAUCAAGGGAGCAACAUUCUUCCACCAGCAUUCCUAGAACAAAGCGAUCAAGCUUUGAAAUAAAUACUUCAAAUGUGCCAUAAGCAGAUAGCAGGGAGGGGGGAAUCAGUGACUAACUCAGCAAAGUGCUUAAGAUGAAUCAGAGUGGCUUCCCUCAGACAGUAAACCAAAACAUGGUUUGUGCACAUGACCUGCUGCAGAAACCAGUUUCAGAUUGCAGCUUGAUUCUGGAUUGCCAACCAGUUGCAACCCACUGAUUCAAACAUCAGCCAUAACCACAGCUCACUGUGGUCUGGACCAAUAGAAGUCAAGCUGCAUAAGGGUUAUAGGGAGGGCCAUAACCAUUCUCUCAGCCCAGCCAUCAUUGCAGGUGGGAAUUGGAUCCUCAGCCAAAGUAUGGUGACUUUGGAUCCUGAGUAGAAGCAAAUCACCCUUCACCAAGCUCUUCUGAAGGGGAAUGGAACCAGCCCAUUCUGCUACCACUAAUUACCAGUGAACUCAUCUGUGCAAUCUGGGCUGUAUUUGUGAAGGUGAUGAGAGCCUCCUUGUUUCAGCCUGUUGGAGUCAGGCUUAUCAAUUCCCAACCUUGCUAUGGAAUGCCAUGUGAUCAACAUUAACUUUGCCAAACCUAGAAGAAUCUGUUUAAGUCACCUACUUAAGAAUAUACACGUGUUGUGGUUAUUUUUUUUAAUGGGAGGACAGGGUUGAUACUAAAAGUGAUCCAAUAUGCAGAAAUUGCUGGUUUCCCUGCAAUUCACUCAUUUACUAGAAAUUGUGAUUUGGUGCAUUUAUUACAACUAUCAGUAACCACUGCCAUUCAGCGUUUCUCAAAUAGCGGCUGUCAGCCACUUGUCAGCUGUAAGAUGAACAGUAUUCCUACAAAGCUCUAGCGAGAAGAAGUUCCCCCUUAGUUCAAUGGACUUGGACAACCAGCAGAAAAAGCAAGGAGGGAGUUCUGCUUUGGGACCCCUUCAAGAAAGAUAGAGUUCUGUCAAGGGGUUCUCUCUCUUUAGAGGCUUUAAGAGCUGCUGCGUUAGGUAAAAGUCAUUAUUUUUUUGCUAGUAACUAUGAAGAGAAGGAAAAGAGACCAUCACUGCUUGCUUUAUGUAGACACACAGAGGUCUGAUGAAGACUCAUCGCUUGUCAGGGAUGCUAGCCAGUUCAGAUAUGUGUAUCUCUUACAACACAUGUGCUUGUAAACGUGGUUCAGCCUUGUUCACUCUUUGCAUUUAAAGGGUUCCUUUUGAAAACAUUUCAUGUGUGUAAGGCACAAAGAAACUGUUAAAAGGACUCAAUUGCAUAGUUUACAUUUUUUUUAAUAGAAAAGAGAACAUUUUCCAGGUCCAGAAUGUAAGAACAAAAGAACAAAUUUAUUUUUGCUAUUUGGAGAUUGUGAAAAAGGUUUUAGUUUGUAAUAUGAUUUAGGUCUUUCUGUGCAGAAAUUAAUUUGUAUUUUUUUUCCAUUUUCUGUUUCCUCAUGUGUAUCUGUUCAGUAUUGCCUCAUUUUUAUGUGCAGUUAGGAGCACCAGAUUACCUGUAUUUGAAAGAACUGCUGAUCAUUCCAGACCCUACCCCCCCAGUUUCAGAAUCUUUCCCUUAAGUUGUACUGCUGCAGCAAAGAGAGAAACCCUGUUCAUUGGCAGAUUAAAAAAAAACCCCCUGAAAGAUUGAUUUUAAAAUUAGCCAAGUAGCAGAUUUACUUAAGGCCAGACUGCUCUUGUGUUUUUAAAGAAAGCUAGCCAGGUGUCCUCUUUUAGGAAAGACAGUCCACUAUUUGAAGGGAUGCCAAGGCACAAUCGUCCAUUUGUCCUCUAUUUGAAUUCUGCAGUCCAAGUAUGAUUUAAAGAUCAAGUAGCAGAAGGGGGAUUGGGAACCCUGAUGUUCCACAUCCAUCUGUGCAACAGACUCUGAAGGAAGCCUAUGUGUCACCAGUCACAAUCUUCCUAACUCAAGUGAGAUGCAUCAUAAUUCUACUUACGUUAUAGAAGUCAUUUCUGUUUUGCAUUGGUACAUAUAAAUUGGCAAUGCAAUUUCCUGCCAAUCUGUGUCCCCUUGUCUACUCCUUUUUAGUGAUGCAUACCUUCCUUUUUGGUGACAUGUAAGUGCUUUAUGUCCUUUAAAUUCACAUCUCCCCAGCAGAGUUUUCAGUGGAGUGCUGCAUGAAGCAUGGAACAAGAUGGGCCAUGAACAUAGCCAGCCACUUUCCUCUAGGCUCGUUUUUGCACUUGCAUGGUUCUAAUGCAAAUGACUGGGAACUACAUUCCAGUCAUGCAGUAGGGCGGCUGCUUAAACAUAAUUUAAAAAGGAGAGCAUACCAUACUACAAAGCAGAACAUAAAAUUGCAUAUGUCUGUUUAUAUGUACUGUAAAGACAGAUGGAAAAUAUAGGAAGUUAUAAAAUUUGCUUAAAUAAUGCCUCUCACUUGAGUGCCCAGGUGACCUGUAUGCAUAUGGGCUGCUGAACAUGCCAUUCAGGCACUACAAAUCAUUGCUGCUGAUCUUCCUCCUUGUGGUUCUUUAUUUCUGAAUCAAACUUAGACUGGGCAGUCCUUCAUAUGUUACCCUCAGCCCCACACCAUGGCUGCAGCAACAGUGUUGCUCUGAGAGUGGAAUUCUUAAAUGGAUCAUGCUGUAGUGUUUCUGGUAAGGCCCCUCAAAUUCCAAGGAGGUUGUAAAUAUAAUUGUAAUUUCUGUAUAUAUGAUGUGGUAUUUGCAUGUGUUAAUGCUGUUGUGACUGACAUCUUAGCUGCUUUUUUUUCUCUGUGUGGCAGUUGUUACUAUUUUAUGUGUCUUUGGGCCCAGGCCAUUUGAUAAGUAUAUUGUCCAUAUGUGAAUACACUGUGUAACAGAUUUGUUGCCUAACCUAGCCUUGUUCAUCUUCUUCUCAUUUUAACUGGGUCUCCUAUGUUUUUCACUCAUGGGAGGCUAAAAUGGAUAGCUGUAGCAUGUAAUUGAUUAAUGAGCUGGAUUAAAUCAUUAGGAAUAUUCAGACCAAUUAAUAUAUGCACCUAACUGAUCGAUCAUUAAGGUUUUAACAAUUAGAUUAUUUUAAAAUGUUUGAAACACUGUAGAUGAUGGCUAUCAUACAAAACAGACAUCCCUCCUGUGUCUAGAAAGGAGGAAAUGCCUUCUUCAAGAAUAACACAUGCCACGAUACAAAUGUGCAUUGUCUUAAAUGAAAGAAAGGGCAUGUACUGUUUUUAUCACAUGACGUUGUAAUUAAUCAACUCAGAUUCAUACAACAAUUUCACUUCUUGGAUGACAUCCUUAGUAAGGGAACAAUCCUAACUAGCCAUGAUGGCUGAUAGUUCUGAUGCCAGUUCUUCCCAGCUUAGAAAUGUUGGAAAUCGCGCAGGACUACAAGUACUGUGAUCCAACUUUGUGCUGGCGCAGUGGCUGCGAGUCUGGGCUGGGCUUAGAUCUGGUGCAACCGAGCUCUUCUCCACUUACGUCCCCCUUUUUGGCUCUUCUGACUGCCCUCAGCUGGCAUGGCUUUGUGUCAGCAUCUGAGACUAGCCAGUCCAGGGGGGUGGUCCUGGCACAAGAGAAUUCACCCCACUUGCAGCUGGAAAGGUUAGUUUGAACUGCACUGUAAAUUGGUAGGUUACCACAGUGAGGUAAAGCUCCUUGGAAAAGCAGUUAUUUGGAUGCUUAUAAAUGAUCUUAAUAAUGAUUCUACUCUACUCUUUGGUUCUGUCAAAAUCUGAGUUACAACGGUUGUGUGACAGCAAGCAUUAAAUAGUAAAAACUAAGGCAGGCAAGGAAUUCCAUAUCUUUUCCCUCCUAACGUGCUGGUUAAGAAAAAGAAAAGCAUUUUAAUAUAAAGCACUCAAAUAUAAAUUGUCUUGUCUACAAUUUGCAUCGGAAAAAAUCCAGCCAUCAGUAUAAUACUGAGGACUAUGUAAUUUGAUUCUAGGAUUUGAUGUGUUUUCUACAAGAUUUUUUUAAAAAAAUUAACAAAAGGCAACUUUCAUGGAGCAUCUGUCCCAUCUACUCAUUUCAGCUAAGGUUAGGUGACUGAGCUGGAACCAAACAUAAGUAACAGAAGAACACAGCUUUUCUCCAUUUCUUUGGACAUGUUGGUUCAGACACCAUUGACAUAACUAGCUUUUAUAGGUUGUAACCAACACCUACUGAUUUUCAGGAAGUUCUUCUGAUGGGCUCUUAAUUCACCUUUUAUGUGCCAAACUAAUUAUGGUAAUGACACAAAGCCAUAUCACUCCUGAACAGAUAUAAAAGGGAGUGGUUAAUGUUCUAGAUAUGUGGUGAAGUAUUCAUAAGGCCAGUAUUCCAUAUAUUCAAAUACAGUUAAAAAGUUUAGAGUGCUAACUUCAGCAUAGAAUAAUACACCUGUGAACAGAUUCUUUUUAAAAUCAAGGUAUAAUUUUACAGUAUAUCUAAUGAAAUGCUUGCUAGAAGGGACAAAAAAAGGGAAGGCUGCAAAAAUGCCCAAUAUAUUAAUACAGUAUAUAGCUUUUGAGACUGGAGAAUGCGCUCUAGAAUUUGUGCAGCUUGUCUGGUAAGAGCUGGCCUUAAGUCUUUGAAAGGGGACAUAAAGGUAAACAAAACGAGAAUACACGUUUCAUAGAAACAGGACAAUCCUUCCCCAAUUACAGGUAAGCCUUUGGAGAAACACAUUCUAAUAUUUAGUUGAACACCAGCUUAGUUGCUCUAAAUAUAGCAUUCUCCAAAGUUCAGCUUCCAGGUAAAUGAGAAUGUUUAGAAGAAUAAUGUGGCAUGUCACCCUGGCACAUAAAUCAGAAUGUCCCUCACUGAAAGUAUUUGACAAACGUUUGGAGAAUAGCUAGUCAGCCUUUUGCACAUUGUUAAUCUGAUUUAAAAAAAAAAUCUUUUUAAUGAAGUGUUCCCAUGAACUGCGUUGGCCAUUGUAUACCACAUUUAUGCAUUUUUAGAUUCCUCACAUGACUAAGCACAUGUUAAAUGCUUGAAGAUGUUCAGUUUGGAAACUGAAUAAUAAACGGUGUUGCAUGUUCAUAGCUCCACAAGAGAAGAAACUGCUGGUAAAUGAAACGUUGACUUCUGAUCACUGGUUCAUACUUUUGUAAAUAAACUUUCCUAACUAUCUA